UCAUAUUUUUCUGUUAACAAUUAAACAAUUUCGUUUCAGCCAUAUAACACACACAUGUAGUCAAACAUGUUCAAGAACCGGAUCCGCAUGUUUUUUAACGAACUGAAGGUGCUGGUUUUCAUGCGAUCCGGUUCUUCUCGACGCUCCGACAGUGACGCAGAGCCGAACAACAGACGCUCGGACAGAAUGAGGGGGCUCGGGAUGGGCGGCUGCGGAUGGCCGCCCUUCGUUGACUGCUCCAGCCGCGAUGAUGAGGAAGAAUACUACGGGAGCGACCCGAGGCCCAGGAGCCUGGCGUUUGAGGAGAAAGACCCGAAACUGCAGGCGGGCCUGGACGCGGUCAGCCUCACCAGCAGCACGGCCAGCGGCAUGAGGACACCCCAGUGUCGAAUCUGCUUCCAAGGGCCCGAGCAGGGGGAGCUGUUGAGCCCGUGCCGCUGCGACGGCUCCGUGCGCUGCACACACCAGCCCUGCCUCAUCCGCUGGAUCAGUGAGAGAGGAUCCUGGAGCUGUGAGCUCUGCUACUUCAAGUACCAAGUCCUGGCCAUCAGCACCAAGAACCCGCUGCAGUGGCAGGCGAUUUCCCUGACGGUGAUCGAGAAGGUGCAGAUUGCCGCCAUUAUCCUGGGCUCACUCUUCCUCAUCGCCAGUAUCUCGUGGCUGGUGUGGUCUUCUCUCAGCCCGUCCGCCAAGUGGCAGCGCCAGGACCUGCUCUUCCAGAUCUGCUACGGCAUGUACGGCUUCAUGGACAUCGUGUGCAUAGGCCUUAUAAUCCACGAGGGCUCAUCCGUGUACAGAAUCUUCAAGCGAUGGCAAGCUGUAAACCAGCAGUGGAAAGUAUUGAACUAUGAGAAGGCGAAGGACUUGGGAGACCCGCUGAGCUCCAGCAGUAAGGCAGGCAACCGCGGCUCCCGCAGCAACACGCACGGCCUGGCCAGCGGCAGCAGGGGGGGCCAGCGAGUGCGCAGGUUAAGGACUAUCCUCAACCACCACUGCGGAUACACCAUCCUCCACAUCCUCAGUCAACUGCGGCCCAGCGACCCGCGGCUCGGCACCGCCACCAACCGCGAGGUGGUCAUGCGCGUCACGACCGUAUGAGGUCGGGAAAAAAGAUGCCACCGCGUUUCAGGCUCCAAGCGCCUUUUCCUGGAAAAGA